CUUGUUGUGCGGUUGUUCGACGUUCGUUCACAAGUAAAAUGGCGGCGAUUAAUGUGAAAGGCGAAACGUUGUCUUAUUUCUAGUUGUAAAUAAAGUAAUUGGUAAUCUGAAACGUUGUUAUUGUUAUACAAAAGGAGGAUGAAUAGAUACAAAGUGGAAUUUGCAAAGUGAACAGUUGUAAGCAUUGAAAAAUCCAAGUGAUUCUACACAAUAGACCAAAACCCGUCGCAACGAGCACUCGAGGCCAUAUUUAUGAUGUUAUCUGUUGUGUGAGCGUCCUCCGAAAGCACAUUGAUAAAUGUUUGCAGAAAACUAAGGCGAUGGGGUUUUGUUUAUGUGAAGAUUGAAUUGACAUCAUGACAUCGAGUGCUACAAAUUAGUGUUUGUAAGAAUACAUUGACUUGUGCUACAAACUAUGGAUGAAAGUGUGGACUUCUACUGACAUAUUACAUACAUUGACACUUAACAUAACAUCACGGAGGUGGUAAUGGAUCCAGUAGGACCAUGGUCAGCAUAUGCUUCGUACAAUCGCUUAGCAGGGGUUCAGGCUGGUGCUGCGAGUGGGGACUUUCAUCACCACCUCACAAGUGGUGGUUCAGGCCUAAGUGGCCAGUCAGUACCCUCUACGACCAGCCAAUUGUUAUUACAAGCAGCGCACACAACAGCCUCUUUGGCAGGGCAACUAGGUUCUUCGACUGCCUCACCCUUCAACCCUGGAGGAUUUCUCUCCCCCCCGGCUGUAGGGUAUGAUGCAGUGUUCUCACCACUAUUUCAUCAUGCCAACCCAAAACCCGCACACUAUAGUUCUUCACUUCAAGCUCAACACCGGCAAGUGAUUGCUCAAGCUCAGGCAGCAGUUGCAUCAAAGCAGUCUUCAGUUGAAUCUGAACUUUCCUCAUUGAGAGAAAACUAUUCUCAUCAGACACUAGCAGCACAAGGGACAGCUUCCUUCUUUGAUCAAUCAUCUACACCAGGUGGAGCUGGUGGACUAAGUUGGCAAGGGAACAACCAACUUCCAAGCCCGUUUGGAAUAUUACCCCAUGAGAGUGUAGUGCCCUCAUCACCAAGUCCAGCCACAACAAAGGCGUCUGCCACUUAUGAUAAUUUUAAUGCACAUUUUGCUGCAGCCCAAACCCUCAAUAACCACCUUAACUCUCAGAUUUCCAGUGCUGGUAAACAAAGCAAUAGGUCAGGUUCCCCGGCGACUGCAUCUAAGCAACCGGCUUCGUCAACAUCUUCAUCAACAUUUUUUCAAUCACCUUCAACAUUUGGAAGUCAGACUGAUAGCGCAUAUAGUGCGAGCAGUGCAAAGAGUGGACAACUUUCGUCACAGCAGGACUACGCUGGAAGUAAGUCUUAUUCAGGUUCUGCAAGUUCUACCCAUUCACAACAAUCAUGUAUUGUGUCAACUCCAACAGUGACCUCCUCCUCAUCCUCUCCUAAUAAGGAUUUCCGUUCCUCCUCCAGCUCCACUCCCAGAACCUCUUCCGUAUACAACUCACAAUCACCUAAGAAUUCUAGUAGUGAAAAAUCCCCAAGACAGUCAUCCAAUAGUACCAGCAGUUUUGUGUCUCCCACUACUAAAGCGCCACAAGUACAGACUAAAGCACAAAGUAAAAUAUACCCUGAGUUAAGUAGCGAACAAAGGAAAAGUUGUGAAUCUAGUGAUAAGCUUCAGCCCCAAUCUUCUCCAAUAAGUUACUCUAUAAUGGAUGCUCCAGGUAGACUCAAUUAUAGUAGUAGUAGUGGUACUACUACCUCAAAAUCAAAUAGAAUUGGUAGUUCUCAAUAUUCCUCGACUCAAAAUUCAAGCUUUAGGCAUUAUCAAAGCGGAAAUAAUGUUGAAUCCGAUUAUCAUGUCCGAGCUAAGAGUAGUUCUAGUACAGACACGGGAUAUUCCAGUAGUAGUUCGCAAAAUGGGCCAGAUUGUAGUGGAGCUGCACCCAGAAGACCUAGUCCUCUGCAAGCGCCUGCUCAAACUUCUCCGUUAGGUCAUGGAUCUAGUCCGGCAUAUCCCAUGUAUCAUAGUCCUAUGAACUCCACUAACUCGCCCCAACAGCAUGGGGAUCAUUACAGUAAGGUCAAUAGUGUGGCGCCUCGUUCCCCCAUGGAUGCGUCGGUUUCUAGGCCUUCAUCUCAAAAUAGUCAGGUAGCUUAUCCUUCAGUUAUAACUAGGGCAUUAGGUAUUGAGCAAAGUAAAACGUAUUCAGAAAAUCGCUAUGAACGGACUUCCAAUCAAAGUUCAACGCCAGGACAAACCUGUUGGGAUGGCGACCGUCAGGCAUCCAGAAAAUAUUCUAGUAGUAGUAACAGUAAUAAUUAUAGCAAUAAUGGAUUAUCUGAAAGUAAUAAUACUCAUAAUGAAGAAACUGUAUCUCAAUCUACGUCACAUAGGACGUUAAAUUUAGCAGAAAAACAACACACUUAUUUUGAUGGCACUAAUGUAGCAUUACAAGAUUUAUCUAGCUGUCGUGGCGACCCCAUGAGCAUAGUGAAAAAUUUACAAAGUUUACAGCAAAGUUGUCAGUUACAAGAGAUCAAAUCCAGUAAGAGUCAAACGCCAAUUAGUGCUCCAACAAAAGUGACACCUCGUAGAAAAAGUACUGAAAAACCGGUCUCGCAUAAUAUGAACGAUAUCUCAACCGCGGUAAUGGCAGAUUAUCUUGCUAAUAGGAUUCCGCCCCCCGCUCACAGCUCUACCAGUAGUCAACAACAGAAUGGUACCUACUUUGACUUUGAAAGAUGGAAUCUACCACCACCUCCACCCAAAAUGUUUCCCGGCACCUCCGCAUUCGGUGCCCAAGCAAGUCUUCACGCCACAAAUUUUAACCAACACCAAGCACUUGCCAUGCAGCACGGGCAUGCACUUACCUAUUUCCCUCCUUUCCACUUAGGUCCUCAUCCUGACUUCCAGUCAUCUGUGGAGUUAACGCCGUUGUCAUCAUUUAGUGAGACUCCACCUUCGGCUUCCUCGUCAUCUUUUUCAACACCCGAAACUCGUGAAGAGGAACAGCCUAAGGUGGUAGUGCCUAAUAUAGAAGAAGAACUUGGUUUCCUUGCAGAACAACGGGGAAAUGCGUCUUCGGUAGCACCCUCUUCUCAGCAGCAGAAUCUUAACAGCACUUCACAAGACGCUACUUCAAAAAUAAUGGAAAAAAAAUUCAAUGUGCCAGUCACGGGCCCAGGAUCUGGUUUCAUGGCUUCUUAUUUGAAAUUUUUACAAGGAGAGCGUGACACCUCUCCACCGCCGGCCGGCAGAGGCGCCAGAAAGUCUACUUGGUCGCGAACUACCACUAAUAAUGCGAAUAAUAAAAUUUAUCCUCAUAAUGACCACGUCAAAUGUGAUGGAAAUCCCGCUCAGAGUUCGAACGGCGCAAUGGGUGCGAACGUAAUAAAUUCGGCAAUGUCCCUAAGUAACCCCGCAAUGUCUGCGCCGAGUAUGAGCUCGGCGGGCCUGAUGGGCGCAAACCAGUUACAAGGCGCGUCAUCGAAUCUCCUCGGCUCACAAGCGAAAGGGAUCGAAUUAGACGAUCCUCGGUAUUAUAUCAAUAAGGACAGAAAGCGUAAAUAUGACGGUAGCGAAGAGAGCAGCUACGACGCGGAGGAGGAGGCGAGAAGGUUGAACAAGCCAGUGCUGAACGUGCCCAGCACGCCCCUGAACGACAAGGGCAAGAAAGGGCGCGGAGCGAUGAACAAGCCGCCGCCGUCGGCGGUGGUGGCGCCUCAGCCGGCCGCGCCUAAGAAGCCACGAGCCCCGGCCCCGCCGCCCGUGGCCGCGCUGCAGGCCGCGCCGCACCAGCAAUACUAUUACCAACACCAGCCCGACGAAGUGGCACACAGCACAAAUGUGGGCUAUGGGAGUUACGGGGCAACGGACACUGAGAGCAACGCCAACAGGAAAUUGCAUCAUAUUAAAUCCCAUCAGCAGCUCAGCACCGGACAGAUUGACAACUCUAGGCCAGGCCAGAUUGAGGAAAUGCCUUAUCAGUCUGGAGAGUUUGUGGCAAUAAAGAGCGAGUUGAACGAAAUGUGGCCGUCUAUCUGGAGAGUAGACGGCAAGACGUUGUUACAAAAAUACGAGCCAUUUGAGGAGAAUGGUAAAGUUUUAUAUCGGAAUAUUUCCACAUAUGCAGCGUGGAACCCCGAAAAUAAAAAGUUAUACACUCAAGUGUCCGUUAAAGUUAGGUCCCAAUCACAUUUGGAAACAAUAGUAGAGUUAGUAAGAAGCGAACUUCAAUUCGACGACUGCAAUUUCAUCGAAAAAAGGAUGCUGGAAACUCAAAUGUACCAGGAAAACUUUGAAGUCUAUAUUCAAACCUUAAUAUCACACGCUCUAGAUCCAAAUUUUUUGACGGAAAUCUUUCAAGAACAAGACGAGUACUUCCUGUCGAACGUGAAGACGGUGGACGAGGUGACGGAGACGAUGCGGUCGCGCGUGUCGAGCGGCGGCGGGGGCGGGGGUGGGUCGGGCGGCGGGGGAGGCAGGGCGCUGGACUCGGCGGUGGGCACGUGGCCCGGGCUGAGCGUGGCGGCGGGCGCGGGCGCGUGCCGCGCGUGCGCCCGGCCCGCGGUGGCGCGGCUGCUGCUGUACGGGCAGCCCUACAACCCCGCCACGCUCGAGCCCGUGCAGCCCGACGCGCGCCUCGCCUACGAGAAGGAAUUCCUGGUGUGCGCGACGUGCUGCGGGCGCGUGCAGCUGUACUCGCGGAUAUCGCACCAGAAGUACCUCAUGUACGCGGAGUGCAGCAAGCGCGUGGCCGAGAAGCGCAUGCAGAACCCCAGCAAGGACACCACCCUCAUACUCAACGAGCUGCUGGCCGACGAGGUCUGGCUGUCGCAGCUGUUCCGAGACGUGCGGCACUCUUGGGCCGAGGCGGAGUCGUGGGAGCGCAAGCUACGCCACGCGCUGGCGCGCCACAUGGUGUAGCCGCACGUGCCACUGCCGCCUCACACGGUGUAGCCGCACGUGCCACUGCCGCCUCACACGGUGUAGCCGCACGUGCCACUGCCGCCUCACACGGUGUAGCCGCACGUGCCACUGCCGCCUCACACGGUGUAGCCGCACGUGCCACUGCCGCCUCACACGGUGUAGCCGCACGUGCCACUGCCGCCUCACACGGUGUAGCCGCACGUGCCACUGCCGCCUCACACGGUGUAGCCGCACGUGCCACUGCCGCCUCACAUCUGGCCACCGUCACCGCUCUAUUGAUGGUGACACCGAUACUCUUAGAUCACCAUAACUCGCAGGCACCUCAUUAUGAAGCGUUUACAAAAAGCACGCCGUCACCACACGUGGGUGCAAUUUUACUUGUAAAAUGCUACGAUUCGAGCAGCACAACUGAAUUGUAUUUCACACCAUUUUAUACUAAUGUAGCCUAGGUACACCUCUAAAUCCUAAUGUUUGUAAAUAUUAUUAAUUUACAUAAGUACUUGUCAUAAUUGGGGCGCAGCUGAAAUAAGCGGUCGCACCCCCAUACUAAAUUAGUAAGGGAGCGCUUAUGUGUGGUGACCUCGAUUGUCUCAUGUUCUCCGUCUAGACUCUAGUAGUUGAGGUGGUCACAUGGAUUCACAGAUAUCGGUGUGGACGCGGUGUGCCGUUCCGUAAUAUCGACUGACCCCGAGCUCACGGGUCGGACUGAUUGACUUUCUGUAGUUUAUGAUUAACUCAUUCGUGAUUAUGUUCGCCCAGAGCCGAUGGAUGUUUCUUUAUUCCCGAAGUAUUUACAUGUUUUAUUAGGGACACUUGGCCGAAAUAAGCGUAAGGUUCUAAAUCGAGCGCGUGCGGUUAUAUUUUAAAGGAAACAAUCGUGCUAGAGAUUGUUUUCAAAUUAUUCCGCAUAAAAUGCCCGAUGAAAAUCCUAAUGUUUACGUCUGCGAAGUUUAUUCUGAUGCAAUAAAGUAUUUACGUAUGUACCUUACAACAAAUGCAAUCUUUGGAAAUAAUAAAAAUACUAGUUUUCUCAUAUUUUAUUGACGAUUAUUGCGAACACAUAUUAGAUAAGUUAGAUAUUGAAUCCUGACUUUGCUUUCAUUUUAAAGUAUCUUUAUCGUAAGUGCGAAAGGAUCAGUAGCUUUAGUGCGCUGUAAGGCCUCACGCACAGGCAGUGUAGCCAAACUGACUUUCUCUAAUCGUAAACGCUAAUCAAAUUAAAUAAUAAAUAUCAUAAUUUCCACUUUUCGUUUGGCGUUAACAAUUAACGAUUGUCGUUGGAUACAUAUCCUGCUAUCAACAUGGUCAUAUUGUCUCCGAAAGAAAAAUCUAAUAUUCAAAUGUAUAUAUGUAGUAAAAUAGCUGCUUAGUAUUGUAAUAAUUAUUUUACACUGGAUAUGUUUAAAAAUGAAGCGACUAUAUACGGUACUCGAUUUAGCAUUUAAUUUACUGUGAGGGGCAGAAUACAGUGUUUUAUACGGGUCUCUAUUGUUUCCCAAAUAGUUUUAAGUCAUAAUGUAUUGUUUGUCCGAAUUUUCGUUAGUCAUAAUUGGUUUUUCUCAGAAACGCGUAACUUUUCAGGAUUGCCAUAAAACAAACCUAACCUAACCUAACCUAUCUAUAGAAUAACCUUAGGAAAAUCCUGAAAAGUUAACGGUUUCAGUUUUAUGACUAACGAUAAUAUGACAAACAAUACAUUAUGACUUAAAACUUUAUGGGAAACAAAGGGACCCCGUUUUAUACAUCACAUAGGUUUAGGUUAAUGUCGGGAUUUCUCUUGUAUGUAUUAUUGGCUGUUACUUCAUUUUUACCAGUUGUUUUGAAUGCUUCGGUGCCAUUUUUACGGAAUACAUAAUAUAUGUAAUUUUGUAAUGCAAUGGAGAUCUGUAUUUGUGUUUUUGUUCGACACGUUAAGGCCUAAAGUGGAAGUAGUGUUAACGAUUGGUUGACUGUUAUAGUGCAGUUAGCAAUGCAUUCUCGUUGCAUUGACGUUGCAAUGCCAGACAAAGCAAAUACACACACUGGACAAGGGAAGCGGCAUCUGUUUAUAUUUAAGUUUAUUUAUUUAUGUCUAGACAUACUAGAAAAACGCAAUAUUUUGAAAACAUAAUAAUUAUUCAAGCCAAGUAAUACCUACAUUAUAUUUCGGCUAAAUACGGUGCGAUGUACAUAAAAUACCAGUGGAAAGUGAAUUUCGCCGGAGGAAAAAUAGUUAAGUAAUUUGUAUAAUUAUGUCAAAAUGUCAAUGUGAAAUAGGUUUAUAUUUGAUUUGUAUAAAUUAGUAUAGAAAUGUAACUCCUGAAUCUGUCCACUGUGUCUAUUUGUGCAAACGGGUUGGGAAACCUUAGCUAAGCAAGGCCUUUAAUUAUAUACGUACAUAUGUAUACAGAUACAUUUUAAUGCAUGUACAUAAAGUUAACUGCUGGUACAACCUUAGAAAAUGUUUAGUUUUGUAAGGAUAACUGUAGCCUCGUAUUUUGUAUGACGAUACACUUUGUACACGAAUCAAUUAUACGGGACAUAGGUGUAUUCCUAUUUGUCCCCGCAUCAUGUGUGGCAGCGGUCACGUGGGGCGGGGACAAAUGGGAACUUAUUACAUUGGCUUACCGGGCAUUAAUGACUGAUUUUACGCGUCUACUAAUUUGUGUCAUAUACACAUUUUUAAGUAAUAUGCUGCUUUCUAUAAUCUUUUUAAUUCUUAAUUAUUGAAUAUAUAAUAAUUAUUUACAGUGUGGAAAGAUAAGUCGGGCCCUGGAGGAAAAUUACCUUAAAUCCUUAAGCUGGCUCAUUUUACUUAAAGGAGACAUUCCUUUGUUUUUAAAAAGAAACAAAACUGCAUUCAAAGAUUUUCUAAAACUCGCUUGCCUCGCCCGGGACUCGAACCGACUAAAAAUUCCAAAAAAUAAACACUCGCAAUUUUAUUCCACUAACUAGUCGAUACAGUUAAUGUUAAUGAUAACAUUUCUUCAAGAAACAUUAGGUCUUACACUCGUCUGUCGUAUAAAAUAUCCAUAAAAUCUAAUAGUACUUAAGAUUUUUUUAGACAAGCCAAAUUGAAGAAAAAAAGGAAAAUCUUUAAAUGCAGUUUUGUUUUUUUUUAAUAAAUGACUGUCUCUUUUAAGUAAAAUGAGCCAGCUUAAGGAUUUAAGGUAGUUUCCCUCCAAGGCCCGACUUAUUUUUCCACACUGUAUAAUAUGUUUUAUGUGUUUAAUAUGUUUUUUAUGAUACUGGCAUUCAAGUGGAUUUUGUAUAUGAUUGAAAAAAUAUAAUGAAUCUUAAGAUGGAGUAACGAUUUGAUUUAUGAUAAUAAUAAUAAUUAAACACACAAAUGGAUGUUAAGCCUUAAAUCGCUUAUUACUUCUGUAUAAUUUAUGAGGUGCUUGAAGCAUGAGGUAUGAGUAUAAGUUGUGCAAAAUGUUGGUUGCAGAAAUUUUAUUUGGUUGGUACCUACCUACUGGGAUAAUUCGAAAGUUUGGACUUUAGAAAGUAGUAAUUGUAAGAUCAAUUGGUCGUGUGCGACAUUGCAAUUGGCAGUAUCUACGUAACGACAUAGUCAUAGUCAUUGAUUGUAUAAGCGCCCCUUGCACCAUCCCACUAACCCGGAGUUUACAGGUUAAACCGGCAACCAGUGUCAAAAGUACUGGUAACUAUGGUAACUCCAGGUUUAACCGGUUAACUGGGAUGGUGCAGUGGCGCUUAAUGAAUCAAUGAAAUUUUGCUAACGGCCCAACGCGGUAAAAUUGAUUCCUAUAUGGUUUGUAAUACAUUCCGCACAUAACUUUCGGUCCGUUCAUUGGAAUCAUUUUUUUUGAGAAAUGUCGAAAUAUAUUUUAAGGUCUUUAAAUUCAUACUACAUAUGGGAACAAACCUUAUCUAUUGUAUAACUGAUUUUUUUCAGCCGGCUUUUUACUUUAUGUCAUGUCAUAAUGAUAAUUACUUGAGUGACUUUAACAUAAUUUUCAGAAAAAAAGUGUUAGUGUUACUAACGCUAGGCCACUUAAAAUUACCAUCCAAAGCUAAAAAACACUUAAUUUGAGAUAUUUCUGGGCCGAUUUAUGUUGUUUUAAUUAGGUUUGUGUAAUAUUGUAAGUAAUCAUUUAGUUUUGUUUCUACUUUUAAACUUAAACGAGUGAUAUUACUAAUUGGUUAUACAUACUAUUACAGAAAUUUCGCUUCAUAGAAAAUCAAUUUGUAUGUACCAUAUGUAUUGACCAUUUUUGGUAAAUAACUGCACUAUUUAUGUUUAAAAUUAUCAUUCUAAUCCGUACAAUAAAUGUUAAACGCUGCCCUUAUACGUGAACAAAAUAUGACGAUAUUAUAUUUUUACUUUACGAAUAAGUACACUAUAAAUGAUAUUUUGUAUAAUUGCAUUAGGUUGUAUAGGAUAAUAUAACAGAUAU